AUGCCUCCUCGCGCCUUUGCUAGCCCUAAAAAGAGAAGGCCAAUGAAGUGUAAAGGUUCAGAUGCUAGUACCAAGAACAUAGCGAAGAAGUCACAGGCACAAGAGACCAGUGUCGAAGCAUCCAGUAUGCCCCUUGUAUCUCUUGGUCUGGUCCAUGCAAACAUGGCAGGUACUGACGCUCCUUGGCAUCCUGUGCGGUCCAAAGCAGGAACAGGAGGUAGGGCUGCACAGUUGGAAAAGAUAGGGCUCAACAUCACUUGGUCCCAACAUCCCCAUCAACCCUCAGGCUCCAGAACUGACUCGCAGUUGCAAAGGCCAAAAAAUUCGUUCAAAGUUCGCAUUCAGGCAGCUCCACCACCUUACACCAGUGUUCCAGACACCUCCAAGCCAUGCAGUAUUGUGGAGCCUUUACAGCUGCCGGGUUUCUCAUUGCGUCAACAAGGAGCUAGGUUUGGAUUCGCUGACAACUCGCUUAUCAUUCCUCCCAAGCCAAGUCUAAACCAUCCGUAUGAUGCUGUCGGCAGGAACAUUCCCAAAAAGUUUGCCAAGAAUACUGGUACUGGUCAUACUGCAGCCCAUUUGGUAGCACCACCAACUACUGGCUUUUUAGAAUGGACCCUGGACCCAGUGCUGCAUAAUGAAAACGAUGGAGACAACCCAGACAAUGGAGAUGAGCAGAAUGCGGGCCCAGAGGGAGAGAUGAGAGAGCAGGAGAUUGGUUGGGGGGAGGUUGGUAGACGUCACAGUGACCAUCCAGGAUUUUCCAGGGAAGAGCCCCCUUUGCAUACCCGCCUCCCUCCAAGUUGUUGUCUUACGCCUGAUUUUGACUUUACAUUCUCCCGCGAUGAGGAUGACAUGGCAACCCAAGCGAGCCUUGGUGGGGUGGCUAACUCUGCAAGGCAACCUGGAAUGGAGUCUCGAGAUCCCUCAGAUGUCCAGUGGUACAAUGCUUCCCAGGGCCUUCUGGAUAGCAUGCAAGGAAGGCAACAGCUACAAGAUGCUGAGCUCAUGGUUUUUUUAUCGGCCGUCACCUCAAAGCCCCAGGAUGCCUUGAAGCGCCACCACAAUAAAAAUGGGCAGCCCCGACUACCUGACCCCAACACCCUGGAGCUCCUGCAUCAAGUAACGGAGUCCGACAAGCCUACUCAGAAUUCUAGAAUCAAAAGAUCGAAGGAACCCAAUGAUGGACCAAAGCCCACUCAACUCACCUGGUACGGGCCGCACUGGACAAGUUUUCUUGAGGAUGCUAAAGGAGAAUGUCGCACGGAACAUGCAUUGCAGAAUCCGUUUCCGACCCUCAUCAAAGAUCUACCAGCGUCUGUCACCGAAGUUCUGGUUGCAGUUUUGGUCGCAUGGGAUCAGGAAGGUAAACAAUUCAAGGCUGGAAUUUGGCCACAGCAAAAGCCUAACAUGGCUCGGCUGUUAUACGACGACCUCGCCACUUGGCGAUCUGACUUGAAGAAGUCUGUUAUGAGCAUUGCACCUGUACAAUACUCACUCAUUCCCCUGCCUUUGGUUCCCACUCAACUGUGUGCAGAGUGGAUUGAAAAAGCCGCUGCUGCAUUACUUGCGAAUUCACUCUUCUUACGUCAUGGAGUUGACAAUAUGAGGCAACCAGACAUUUUCCGAAACCAGCUACCCUUAUCAUGCUUGGCUCUGGUUGGCACCGCAGUACUUUUCCUCUACUAUUCAAUUGUAUCCUCGACGGUCUCAGAAAAAAACGGUAACGGGAAAUACUACCCAAAAUUUACCGCGAAGGAAUAUGGCCCUAUUUACCGCAAAAUGCUCCAGUUGCUGAAGGAUAUUCUGAAGGAUCGUUAUCACGGCCCUAUCCUGUUAGUGCAGCUCCGGGAAUGGGCCCAAGUGGGGUGGGCCGAAAUUUCGAAGAUCAAUGGCGCCAUAGAGUCGGGACACAACCACCUCCAGAUUAUUCUUGAUUGA